AACGCUAUUGGCGUUGUUGUGUGCAUUAGUGUGUGCUGCACUGAUUUCUGUGUGUGUUGUUUUUAACAUAUUCUAAAGCGUUGAUAAGCAUGCUAUCUGAAAAGUAUUCCGUGUAAAAAUAAGGCUAAGCUUUAAAUACGGACAAAAAGCUGAGCUUCAAUUGCCAACCCUAUCAAAAUUAUGUCUAAUGUCGAUUUAAGACGGCAGCUCUUAGAUUUUUUUCAGCUCAACUAUCACAAAGAUGUUAAACUAAUAGAUAUUUGUCGUGCUGUACAACAGCCGAAGAAGGUAGUUAAUAGUGUUCUGUAUAAUUUAAGAAGCGAAGGAAUUUUGCAGAAAGUUGUUGAAAGCCCUCCUGUGUGGAGAGUGAAUGAGAAGUUAUACGACAGGUAUACCCAAGCUACGGUGGUCCCAGAUGCAACUCCUUAUCAUUACACAUUGAAAGAUGAAAAUCCUAUUCCCUGUAUUACUAAAAAUAAUAAUUUUGCUGUGUUAUCAUCUGUGGAAAAUAACAGGUCUGACCCGAUGUAUGUUAAAGAGCAGUUGGUUGCGUAUCACACAGUUGUUAGCAGUACUACAUCUGAGGAAUUUUGCCAGUCUUUCAGUGGCCGUCAAAUUGCAACACCUGCUUUGCCUAUUCAGAAUGCUGGCAAUAACAUCAAUCCAUCAGCAUAUCUUUCAAAACCUGCUGAAGCCGUACUUAAUAUUUUGCACAAACAGAAAGGUCCUUUAUCAUGCAAAGCUUUGUGCAGUUUGUUGGGGUUCCCAGAACCUAUUGUAAAAAUGGCUUUACAGCACUUAAUGUCUUUAGGAUUAGUUUUUCAAGACAAUUAUUCAAUGUUUUGCACUGUGGUCAAUAAAAGCAAUGCGAUACCUCAAGAUGACAUUGUAUUGCGCAUCAUAAAUUAUUUGAAGAGAGCUCAAACUGCCAUACAUACAAAGGAUCUGGUUAAAGGAGUUGGACUCAAUAACAAGAAAGAAAUAAACCCUCUGUUAUACAAAUUACAGCAGAAAGGAGUUGUUACCAAAGUUAAUGAGUCACCUCCAAUGUGGCAACUUGGUGAACAGUUGGUGAAUAACAUUGGUGAUAAAACAGUGAAACAGACUGAAAUUAAUUACAAACGAGAAGAUCAGACUGUUGUGCAUAAUGCUUUGCCAAAUGGUGUUCCCAAAGAAAUUGAAUAUACAAAGCCUUUGACUCCAUUAGGUGGCAGGCAAAGAUACAAAAAUGGAGUAAAAGGCUUAUUGGCAAAUAAUAUGGCAUCAUAUGAAGAGUCGAGUUCUAACAUUGAAUCACCCACCGAAGUGAACGCGAAUAACGCGUACGCUGAGCCAAACAGGUCUCACCUUAAGAAUGGAAAUGAAAUUCCUGAAAAUUUAAUGAAGAAAAAUUUUCAGGAGGCAGCUGUUAUUGAAAACUCUUCUUCACUGCCAUUAUCUCCAGAUCUGAUUAAUUUGAUGAGCUCCUUGCAGGCUCCAAAUAUGAAUAAAAACAUCGAAUCAUCAUGCAAGAUUGCAUCAAAUUCAUCAAAGACAUCUGCUGAUUCUGAAAGUCAGCAUGGUAGUGGGCGUUCCAUGAACUCACGAAAUGGGAGGCAAAGCAACGAAUCUUCUGGAAAUUCUUCCCGAAAAGCAGCAGCUGCUGCUGCCGCUAAAGCUGCUGCUGGUAAAUUACCAGAACCAAACUCAGCUGCUCAUUAUGUAAAUGACGUCCUCAACAGUGAUAGCUUUGCCGCACUAAUGAAAAAUCCAGUCAGUGCUCUCUAUGAAUAUGGACAAAGGAACCAUAUUGAUACCAAGGUAGAAAUUGUGUUAUCUGAAGGACCUCCUCAUAAUCCAAGGUUUAAGGCAGUAGCUUAUAUGGGUGAAGAGGAGCUAUCAACUGCAUGGGACAAAACUAAGAAGGAUGCCCGUCGACAAGCAGCAGAGUUGGCUGUUAGAGGUUUGGUUGCUAAUGGUGGCUUUGGUAAAUUCAGCUCACUUGCCACUAGUCCAGAAACAGUGAAUGAAUUACCUCCUGUGGUAAGCCAGUUUGACAUGAUUGCUGCUUUGAGUCACAAGACAUUUAAUGAGCGGGUGCUUCAAGUUCCAGAGUAUAUGGGUGGACGUAAAGUCCUUGCUGCUCUAGUCAUGAAAAAGGGUGGAUCUGACAGUCGGGGCACUGUCAUAUGCUUAGGAACAGGAAAUCGAUGUAUAACUGGAGAAGGACUGAGUCAAGAUGGUUUGGUUGUAAAUGAUUCACAUGCUGAAGUUAUAACAAGGAGGGGUUUUCUGAGGUUCUUGUAUAAACAAUUGAAAACUUAUGAAGCUGGCAAAGAACAUUCCAUAUUUGAACCUACAGAUGAUGGCAAACUUCAAAUGAAAUCAGAUGUCACAUUCCAUUUAUACAUUUCAACUGCCCCUUGUGGUGAUGGAGCUCUAUUUACGCAUAAUCUAAAACCUGGCGAAAAAGUAGAGCCUCCUGAUGAUAAUGAUAGCCAGCAUCAUCCAGUAUUCACCAAAAGCCUGCAAGGACUGCUGCGAUCUAAAAUGGAAGCAGGUCCUAAACAAACCAUCAUAAGGAACCUGUGCAUCAAGCUAAGAGGAGUGACGGUCAAGAGGGUCAAGGAGCUAAAACUCCUUGGCCUCAUCUUGGAUGAAAACCUCACUUGGAUUCCUCACUUGCAAGCCCAAAGGGUCAAAGCAACAAGAAUAGCAACUAGAAUUAAAAAUAUGCAGGGCAAAGAUUGA